UGCCGCUGCCCGCCGGCUGGGAGGAGGCGCGGGACUUCGACGGGCGCGUCUUCUACAUCGACCACAACACCCGCCAGACCUCCUGGAUCGACCCCCGCGACCGGAUCACAAAGCCAUUAACAUUUGCUGACUGUGUUGGUGAUGAGCUUCCCCUUGGGUGGGAAACCGUCUAUGAUCAACAGAUUGGCAUUUAUUACAUGGACCAUAUCAAUCAGCUUACCCAAAUCGAAGAUCCGAGAGAACAGUGGAGGAGAGAGCAGGAACGGAUGUUGAAGGAAUAUUUAAUUGUAGCCCAGGAGGCCCUUAAUGCCAAGAAGGAGAUUUACCAAAUUAAGCAACAACGUUUUGAGCUAGCCCAAGAAGAAUACCAGCAGCUGCACAAAAUGUGUGAAGAUGACAACCGCUCUUAUGCUAGCUCAUUCUCUGGAUUUUCAACUAAUACCAAGUACGACCCAUAUCAGAUCAAAGCAGAAAUAGCAAGCCGUCGUGAUAGACUUUCCAGACUAAAGCGCGAGUUAACCCAGAUGAAGCAAGAACUACAGUACAAAGAGAAGGGAGUGGAGACAUUACAAGAAAUCGAUCGGAAGAUGUCAAGUGCUCAUACCAAUUAUAAACUGGAUGAAGCCCAAGCUAUAAUGAGUGAGCUGAGGACCAUCAAAAAGGCUAUUUGUACAGGCGAGAAGGAAAGGCGGGACCUGAUGCAAAGCCUGGCUAAGCUGACAGAUGGGUUCAGGAAUAGCUGUUGUAUUACAGACUCUCUAUUAGAUUUACCGCAAGAUUCUGGUUCACUCGGUGAUUCCUGUUUACCUCAACGAUACUGUGAUGCUUGUUCUCAAACUGACAUCAUUGGAGAGUUUGGCUUCGAUGAUAAAACAAGACUCGUUGACAGAGUAAGACUCAACUGGCAGUAUGAAGAGGCCAAGAAGAGGGUGUCAAAUACACAGCAGCAGCUGGCCUUGCUGGAAAACGAGUCUUGGCCAGGGAUGGCGGAGGCAGACAGGGAUCGACUCCAGCUCAUUAAAGAGAAGGAAGCCCUCCUGCAGGAACUGCAACUCAUCAGCCAGCAGAGGCGCUCCCCAGAAGACAUUGCCCGGUUGGAGGAGGAAAAGCAGCGUUUGGAGGAGGAGAUCCAGCGGGCUCGGGCUUCUUCUGCCCACGGGGCCACAGAACGGAUUCUGCUUCAAGAAAAGAGAAAUUGCCUUCUCAUGCAGCUAGAAGAAGCUACCCGCUUAACAUCCUACCUGCAGUCCCAGUUAAAAAGUCUGUCUGCCAGCACUCUUACGGUCUCCUCUGGGAGCAGCAGGGGGUCUUUGGCAUCCAGUCGGGGGUCCCUGGCGUCCAGCAGAGGUUCUCUAAGCUCCAUCAGUUUCACGGACAUCUACGGCCUGCCCCAGUAUGAAAAAUCAGACACCGAGUACGGACAGCAUUUGCGUUUCGACCUAAUUCCAUUCGAUUCACUUGGAAAAGAAACACCGUUCUUCGAUUCCACGGGUCACGCGAACUUCGCUAAGCAGCGGCGUUCCCUGGACACUCCCCAGUCCCUAGCCUCAUUGUCUUCUCGGUCGUCCUUGUCUUCACUCUCCCCGCCAAGCUCCCCGUUGGACACGCCUUUCCUUUCCGCUUCCCGGGAUUCUCCCCUGGCACCAAUGGCGGAUGGGUUUGAGGUGGUUGGCCUCGGCACGCUAGAAAUGCUCCGAGCGCAGGCCUCGGCUCUGGGCGAUGAGGACCCACCAGGAGGGGCUUCGUCUCAGCCUCUCAGCUACCCUGGAGACGGCGAAGGGACACGUGAAAGAGGAGCACAGCUGGCCGGCCUCCACCCCGGCACAACGGUGACUUUACGGGAAGACAGUGCCAGGAGAUCCGAGAGAAGAGCCAGAAGAGUUUCUGCAUGUCUAUCGGAUUAUUCGCUUGCCAGUGACAGUGGUGUGUUUGAACCGUUAAGCAAAAGAAAUGAGGAUGUUGAGGAGCCCACAUACAGCGAUGCUGCCAAUAAUGAAGAACCGCAAAUACACGUUGGAUUUUUGCAUGACAGUGGAAGUGAAUGUCUCCUAGUCCAUGUGCUCCAACUAAAAAACUUUAAUAAGGAUCUGAUGGUGAAAGAAGGCUGUAAAAUACACAUCAGAGUUUAUUUACCACCACUUGACUCAGGCACCCCAAGCACUUACUGCUCUAAGGCUCUGGAAUGUCAAGCUCCAUUAAUAUUUAAUGAGGUUUUCCGAAUCCCCGUGCAUUCAAGUGUGUUGAAAUUAAAGUCACUGCAAUUGUAUGUUUGUUCAGUUGACCAUCAACUUCAAGAAGAACUCUUGGGAAUUGCGCAGAUCAGCCUAGCUGAUUAUGAAAGCUCAAGUGAAAUGCAGCUGCGCUGGUACCCAGUGCAGAUCUUUACCAGUUCGGACCCACAGAGGAUCAAGAACCGUAGCCAGAAGGAAGAAAGCAACACACCUUGCCUGGGAAAUUCGGGCCCUCUGAAAACGGAUGCAGUUACGGUCUUGUUGGCCAGGACCACUGCCCAGUUGGAAGCCGUCGAAAGAGAGUUGGCAGAGGAAAGGGUGAAGCUAGAAUACACAGAAGAAGAAAUCCUGGAAAUGGAAAGAAAAGAAGAUCAGGCAGAAGCAAUAUCGGAGAGGAGCUGGCAAGCAGAAUCCGUUGACAGUGGAUGUAGCAAUUGUACCCAGACCGGUGCUCCUUAUCCAGAGCCAUGUUGUGUUGAAUCCCUGCAUGGACACGUGAUAGCAAGUCAGCCAGAUCAUUACAGCCCUGGGAAAAUUCAACCUCCAUCUCUUAAGGUGGAUAAAGAAACCAACACGGAAGAUGUCUUCCCAGAGGAAGUGGCCAGUCUUCCAAAAGAGAGAGCCAGCCGCAGGUCCCGCGGUUCUCCUUUUGUUCGAAGUAGCACAAUUGUCCGUUCACAGACUUUCACGCCUGGAGCACGGAGUCAGUAUGUUUGCAGACUCUAUCGUAGUGACAGUGAUAGUUCCACUUUGCCAAGAAAGUCCCCCUUCAUCCGAAAUACUUUGGAAAGGCGAACCCUACGCUAUAAACAGUCCUGUAGGUCGUCUUUGGCUGAGGUGAUGGCCCGGACAUCCCUAGACCUGGAGCUGGAUCUCCAGGCGUCCAGAACAAGACAGAGACAGUUGAAUGAGGAGAUCUGUGCUCUGAGGGAGCUGAGGCAACGCUUGGAAGACGCCCAGCUCCGAGGGCAAACCCAUCUUCCCAACUGGGUGCUCUGGGACGAGCGGUUCCGCAAUCUGCUUAAGGAAGCAGAGAGGCAGACAAGACAGACCAAACUUGAACACCAUCAAGAGCAAGCAGCUGAGAAAUUGCUAAAGAAAGCAUCCAAAGAAAUAUACCAGCUGCGUGGACAGAACCAGAAAGAACCUAUUCAGGUCCAGACCUUUAGGGAGAAGAUAGCAUUUUUUACAAGACCAAGGAUUAACAUACCUCCUCUGCCAGCUGAUGAUGUAUAAUGUGUUGCCUUGUAAACAUGAAGUAUUUAUCUGUCUUUAUUUUCAUGAAGUUAUUAGACUAGCUAAGUUUAUCUUACAAAUGUUUGUGCAAAGCUAUUAAUAUACACAUUUUGUAAAAAAAAAGUAAACAAAAACCUAUAUAUACAUAUAUAUUUUAUAAUAGCGACCGCAACAAGGCUUGGUUUUUCCUUGUUGUGAAAUUGACAUCUCUGAAGACAACUUAUUUUAUAAAAGAUCAACUAUCCUGUUAAGAGUGUACAGUUUUUAUGCUGUUUUAUUUGACUUAAAAGGCUGGAAGGCAGAAACAAAGUGAGUUCAGGCAAAUUCACUGUAUUGUAAUUUAUUUAUAGUACUUUUUUCCUUGAAGGAAAAUACUGACUUAAGAUGUAUUUUAAGACUGAAAUUUUUGUUCUUCAGUAUUUGUCAUACAGUAGAAUGGAAUAAUGAGCUGGUUUUGUUUCUGAUACCUGAAAUGAAAAUACUAUGUUCUGAAUCUGUCACUUUUAUCAGUUUUUAAUACCCUUAUCUUAUUAUGUAUAUUGUAUUCGUUAGCACUGUUUCCGUGCUCUAUUAAUCUAUUAUCUGCAAUGUUUUUAAUAUUAAUUAAAAUGCCAUUCGUGCAUUGCAGAACUCAGUUGCAUACUCCUACUAUGCACUAAUAGGGUCUCCUUUCUGUUUUGUUUGUUGCAUCUCUCUCUGAACAAGUAGAAUGACUCAGAAAUCAAGUCUACACGGUAAAAGUGAAUCUCUGGGACCAUUCUGGCCCUGGCUAAUAACACAGUUCCUGGAAGAACAAGUGUUCUCUUUUGCAUGAAUUGUAUAUGUUUCAGGUCUACACUGACCCAUUUUGCCAGCCCUCAAUUUCCUCUGUGCUGUGUAGAGCUGGUCUCUCUGUCAUCAGUGCCAUUGGGGGAAUAAAAAGGUGGUUACCGGGGUUGUGGUUGGCUGUUGUCUUGUAAAGGAACAUUAAAGGGAAAAAGUGAACCCACCUUCAUCUUAUAUCCAGGAAAAAAUUGAGCAGUUGAGUCAUUUUAAAUACUGUAACCCUUUCGAGAAAUGUGUCCUUAUGUUUUUAUGCAAAUAAUGAAUAUUGGUAAUGAAUUAUUUACUUUAACACUUUGCUUGAAAUGUAGAUCAGCGUGCUCAGUCUGGAUGCCAUUGUAGUUUUUACGAUAUCUUGAAAGUAACCUAUCUAGGUCAUCGUAUAUCGAACAUUAAUAUGUUGUACUUUUUUCUAAACACCAUAUUUAUAUGCAUAUUUGACACCACAGAGGAGUUGCACCCUCUUUCCCAAGACUUGGGGGCCGGAGGGCCAAGAGUAUAACCCUUUGAGUCGUAGGAAAUGAAACUAACCAACCGAAGCCUUUUCUCUCUCCUUCCAUCAUUUGUACUCUUCCCAGGAGCACAGGAGUUCAACCUGCAGAACCUCUUGACUCUUCCUCUUGGCCACCAAUUGCCGCACCUAUCCUCAGCCUCUUCACCCCUCCUUCACAACUGCUCAAUCUCCAUUUGUCCACCUGUGGCACGUGACCUGGCAAGUAAUCUCAGUCUUUUCUUUCACAAUUCUUUCCUCUACCAAAUCCUUAAUCAUAUGUCCAGGUUUUCCUGUCUUUCUCCCAUCCUCCUUAUUGUUCGUACACACCCAUGAAAUAGUUCUGUUGAUCAAAAUUUCCCUUCUUACGCUAGCAUCAGUGGGUGAAGAAUGGCAAAGCGGUAAACUAGUCACAGGGCCAACCCAUGCCUUGUGCUGAGGGCAUCUACGAGCAUGAAUGAGUUAUUUAUGCCAGUGCAUUUUCCUUGUGCCGUAAUCUCUGAUAACCAGGCUGCGGUGGAGAGAAUAUAUGAUGGCCAGUUCGAGUUGUAUUACUGUGUCAACAAACAGUGGUGCUGGUUACCUCUGCUGUCUGAAUUUGGUCGGGGAGGGGGAAAGAGGCUAAUUGUAUGAUUCAUCUACUUUGCUAAUGUAAAAGCUCUAACAUUAUUUCCUACAUAAUAGACUUUAUUUAGCGAGUUGCUAACCCAACCCUAAAUCCUGGGAAUUAUUUUCUAAAUAGGAAAGACAGA